AUGAAAUGGAUGAGAAACAACUAAGCUUCAGCUCAUGUUACAUCACUGGUUGGGGCAGCUCAGUGUUAGAAGGAAUGUUAUUUAUCACUCUUCAGGAAGCUGAAGUUAAUCUUAUUGAUACUGGAAUCUGCAACCAGAGAAGCUGGUAUAAUGGCCAUGUUAAUGACAACAUGAUCUGCGCAGGAUUUGACAAAGGAGGAGUUGACACAUGUCAGGGUGACAGCGGAGGCCCUCUACAGUGUUACAGCGAAGACAUGCAGAGAUUUUACCUUUAUGGUGUGACAAGUCAUGGAGAGGACUGUGCAUUGCCAAACAAACCUGGCAUAUAUACUCGUGCUAGCCGGUACACCGUCUGGCUGAGAAAAGCUGAAGCAAGGUCUGUAUCUGCUGCCUCAGUCACAGAUCUGCCAGUUUUUAAAUUAAUCUCAGCCCUGUUUUUCUCUGCCUGGAUGGGCCUGCUAAUGUGAGCCGACCCCAUCAGACAUCACAACAGCUCUCUGUGCUGCU